AUGAACAACUAUUCACAACAACAAACAAAACCAUACAGAAAUGUUCCCAUACAUAAUGUGAUGGAAACAUUAAUUCCAUUCAAUGACGAACAAAUAAAUUAUCGUCAACCUAAAUUUAACAGAAAUGUUCGAAUACAAACAGAAUUAACUGCCAUCAAACUCGACGAUGAAGCAGAAAACUAUCGACGAUACAAACGAACUAAAAAUGUUGGCAUACAAGCAGCAUUUACAGAUGUUGUCUUGGAUGAUAACGUAAAGAACAAACGUCAACACUCAAGAAAUCCAAAAGUCAAUAUUAAGCAUGGUUCAACACAUCAGUUCGAUAGAACAGAUGAAAAUCUUAAUCGAGAAGCAAUACUCGAUCAAAGACAAACAAUGAUACCAAAAGAAGAUUCCACUAUUGACAGAAAUAGAUCUAAUCCACCAGAAAAACAAAUUACAGAAACUAUUACUAAAGAUAUCACCAAAAGUGAUGGAACUGAAAUAAGUCCUAUUCUAGGAUAUUCGGAAGAACCUCUACUACCACUUGCACAAGCAUGUGCUCCAUUAACUGAUAUUUUUCAUAAUUUAUCAUUCUAUGUUCAGUUAGCAUUAGAGGAAACGCCUGAACAACCACCUGAUGGAUUAUCAGUUGAUGAAAGUGCUGCAAUUCGUCUUUAUACAAUCGAAUGGGAUAAACCUCAUCGAAGUCUCUAUUCAACACUCAAUUUUAAUCUAAAAAAUAAUGAUCGUCAAGCACUUCUACCAUUUCACAGAUAUAUCAAAUUAUUUUUAACUGCUCUUGUUAAAUUACCAUGUGUUCCACCAUUAACUGUUUGGAGAGGAGUAACUAAAAACUUAAGUGCAGAAUUUCCACCUGGUUCUGGUAUGACUUGGUGGGCAUUUUCAUCAUGUACUACUGAAAUGACUGUACUCGAAAAUAAUAUGUAUUUGGGUCAAGAAGGUGAUCGAACACUUUUUUCUGUCGAAGCUAUGAAUGGUCGAACAAUCAAAGCACAUUCACAUUUUGUUACUGAAGAUGAAAUUGUUCUUAUGUCUGGUACUCAUAUGAUAGUUCAAUCACAACUUAGUCCAGCAGCUAAUCUAUAUAUUAUUCAUUUGAAACAAGUAGAACCAGAAAUGAUGACACUUGAACCACCAUUUGAAGGUGCACAUAUUUAUCCAAAAAUUCCACGUCCAUUUUAUCGAAAGAAAAGAUUUAUGAUUCCAAUUUGUUUAUUGCUUACUCUGUUUAUUGCUGGUGUUAUUAUUGGUGUUAUUUUAGGAACAAAAUCAAAAACAACAAAAUAUGUAUGCGAGAAUCCAUUUCAAUCAUCCGAUACUUUCAAUACUGGAAGAUAUCCAUCAUCAACUGUACUGGGUUACUUUGAUAAUGAUACAUAUCUCGAUAUUGCAAUAUCAAACUCACUAGAAAAUAGUGUGACUUUACUAUUAGGUGGUGAUAAGGAGCAAAUUUUUCGAACUACACGACCUGCUACUGGUGAUACACCAUCUAGUAUGAUAGUAGUUGAUUUGAAUAACGAUACGAAAAUAGAUCUGGUAGUCACCAACACAGAUGACGAUACAAUCAGUGUUUUACUAAGUUUGGGCAAUGGUCUAUUUCUGACUGCAGUCGAUUAUGAUGUUGGUGGAGGUCCAAAUUGUAUAACAUCUUCUGAUUUUAAUAAUGAUAAUCAAUUGGAUUUAGCAGUAACAAAUCAAGAUGACUCUACUGUUACUUUACUUUUUAACAAUGGCAAUGGAUUAUUUCCAACUACUACCAUCGUUUCAGUUUAUGAAUUUCCAUCGACUAUAGUGUCAGGCGAUUUCAAUGGGGAUGGCAAAAUGGAUUUAGCAGUGUCGUAUAGCUACGAUGCUUACAUUGACGUGAUAUUUGGCUUUGGAAAUGGGAGUUUUAAUAAUACAGAUUAUUAUGUUACUGGUUACUAUCCAGCUUAUAUGGUUUUAACUGAUUUAGAUAAUAACAACAAAAUGGAUUUGGUAGCAGUCAAUAAUUAUGAUGGCACUCUUACUGUCCUGGUUAACAAUGGAGAUGGUAGUUUUACGACAUCCAUCCUUGAGUCAAUUGGCUAUUACUUAACUGGUUUGACAACCGCUGAUUUCAAUAAUGACAAUAAAACAGAUUUAGCAGUAGUGAAUGCUGAUUAUUAUAGUAUCACUGUACUUCUUGGGAACGGUGAUGCAAGUUUUCAAUCGGGUAUUGAAUAUUAUCUUGGUCAUUAUGGAUUACACAUUAUAGCAGCUGACUUCAACAAUGAUAACGAAAUAGAUUUAGCAACAGUAAAUGAUAUUGACUAUACUGCUAGUGUGGCAUUUGGUAUCGGAAAUGGCUCUUUUACCAACGGAAUUGAUUAUAUCAUUGGUGAAUCUUCUAAAUGGCUAAUAUCAUAUGAUUUCAAUAGUGAUAAUAAUCAAGAUGUUGCAUUGAUUGCUCAAGAUAGUAACAGUAUCAUUGUGUUACUUGGUAAUGGAAA